AUGAACGUGGACAAGUUUCACCCGUUUCCAUUUCUGCCCACCAACAUCCACCCCGCUCUGCUGCCCAAGCGGCCCACCAAGAGGAAAUCCAGCACGAAAGCAGAAGCCCAAAAGCAAACCAGGCAGCCUGUCAAGAACGUCAUCCAGAAAGCCGCCACCCUCCCGGCCUGUCCCUGCUGUCCGCCCGCCUUGCAACAGACUGACACCACCCGAACGUUAUUUGUGCAGAAGUAUCAGCAGUUGGAGAAGCUCGGCGAAGGAGGCUUCGGAUCGGUGUUCGCCGGCUACCGGAAAAGUGACUAUUUCCCAGUGGCCAUCAAAUACAUCCCCAUAGAAAAAGUGGAGAGCGUUUUUUUGUAUAUCAACGGAAAAGUCCAGAAGGUUCCCUUAGAAGCGUGGCUCAUGCUGCAAGCGUCCUCGUUAAAGAACGCUGACGGCUCCUCCGCAGUCGUCCUGUUGUUGGACACGUAUGACCUGGAGAAAGAGUUGGUUCUGGUCAUGGAGAGGCCGGUACCUUCCGUGGACCUCUUCACAUUCAGAACCAAAUACAAGCUCGGUCCGUUAGAGGAAUAUGAAGCGAAGAACAUCAUGAAGCAGCUGGUGGACGCAGCCAUCAAAAUGCACGCCGUCAACGUCUUCCAUCGGGACCUGAAGCAGAAGAACAUCCUGUUGGAGGCCACCUUCAGUCUCCCCCGAGUGCGCCUCAUAGACUUCGGCUGCAGCUGCUUUGUCAAUGAAGAACCAUAUCGAGAAUAUGCCGGAACCUUACGCUACGCCCCUCCAGAAUACGUCUUCAAGCGGCCGUAUAAGGCUGGGCCGGCCACCGUUUGGCAACUGGGUGCGCUGCUCUUCGAAUUGCUGGACGGAACCGAACAUUUUGACACACUUAUGUUCCUUUUUAAGGGCCUCACGUUGAACCGGGUACUGUCUCAAGGUAAAAGCUAUUUCUGCAGCUCUUAAUAGACCUUUUAAUGUUUCAUUGUAAAUUGUUUCAAACGGG